AUGAGAUUGAGAGAGAGAUUUGAAUGCGGAAAAGUGGCCUCGUUUUACUCUGAACCAAACACUACAACUUCAUUCAAGGGCUUUCAUAAAAAAUUAUCUCCUCCGGUGGUGAUAUAUGCCGAUAUUGAGGCUGUUCUUGAAAACUAUAGAACAUGCCUAAAUUCGUCUUCAACAUCGUCAACAACAAAAGUGCAGAAGCAUACUGCAUGUGCCGUAUCAUUUUAUAUAGCACAUAAAUAUAAUCCGGAUCUUAACGAAUUGUGGACAUAUGAAGGCGCUGACUGCAUACAAAAAUUCUGCAAAUCACUAAAGGAAAAAACUACGAGCUUGUUUUACAUGUACUGGUCGACCCCCAAAAACCCGAUUGCUAGCACAAUCCAUGAACAGGAAGGAAAUUGCUGUGCCUGUGAAAAGGAAAUAAACGCUGACGAUCUGGACAAAUAUUUUGAUCAAUUUUCUGGAAAAUACAUGGGUCCCAUUCAUAAAAAUUGCGCUGACUGCAUACAAAAAUUCUGCAAAUCACUAAAGGAAAAAACUACGAGCUUGUUUUACAUGUACUGGUCGACCCCCAAAAACCCGAUUGCUAGCACAAUCCAUGAACAGGAAGGAAAUUGAUGUGCCUGUGAAAAGGAAAUAAACGCUGACGACCUGGACAAAUAUUUUGAUCAAUUUUCUGGAAAAUACAUGGGCCCGAUUAAUAAAAAUUGUAAGCCAAAGUACA